UGACAAUGCACCAUUUCAAGUGCAUCGCUCAUUCUUAUCGUCAUGUCGAAGUCAAUUGCAGUUUUAGCAAGUCUAUUCGUAGCGCUAAUCUCAUUGGAUUCCUGUGCAGCAUACUCUGCACACGGACGUCAACCGCCAAAUCUAAGCGAUGCCGUGCUGACUCGUCGCUUGGUACACCAAGCCAAUUGGGCUUCAGUCGGCAGUAUUUCGACAAGUGAUAAAAUUCCCGAUUAUCCCAUGGUUAACAUACUCGCUGUGGAUGAUAGUGCUUUGAAUGGUUCCUCAACUGGCUAUAUACAUUUUUUCUUGUUGAAUCUAGACUUCACGGGUCGUGAUACACAGCAAAAGAACAAAGUGACGUUCUUCUUUACCGAGGAACAAAGCAAUUCGUGUAGUAAACGUGGUAUUAAUCCCAUGGAGCCCGCCUGUCCGCGAGCAAUGAUUAGUGGCAGCGUGCAGAAGCUGGAUAAAUCAAGCCCAGAUUACAACGAUCACCUGCAAGCCUUCAUUAAUCGCCACAAAAACGCUGAAAAAUGGGUGGCUCACGGUCAUCAUUUCGAGUUGUGUGAGUUGGAAAUUGAAAAUAUUUUCAUUGUCGCCUAUCAAGGUGGCCCACGGGUCAUUCCGGCCGAGGAAUAUUACAAUGCUCAUCUGGAAAAUACUAUUUAAAAAGUUUAUUAUGUAGUUUUAGAAUAAAACACUCGAAAAAUA